AUGUCACCUCAAUUUACAAACAAUGUACCUAUCGACGACGAUUUAGCGUCACUCGUUUCCUCCCAAGAUUCGGUCACGGCAAUGGAUUUUGUGAAAAGAGCCAACCAGAUGAUGGCCGAUACCAAAAAACGUCGUGACGCAAAGCGUAACAAGAUUGAAGACGACCGUGCUAAGCGCAUCAAGGAUGCCAAGAAGAAGCUUGAAGAAUUAUAUGACAGCAGGAGAACUCAGAGAAAGGCACUCCAAAAGGCUCAGUGGAAACGACUUGACUCAAUGAACAAGAGACGUCAAGAACUCGAAAGCCACAUUCUAGCAAGCAUGACGACCAUCGAACAUAGCACUCUAAACAUGGUUCGCGAGUUGAACACUGUUCUCAUUGGUCGUUUGAAGAGCAUGGAGGAUCUCGCUAAUACCCAGCCUGCUGCUUGA